GGCUGAACUGCUACCCAAGUCUGUGACCUUCGCUUCCCUUUCCUUUCCCUUCUGACUUGCUCGAGCGGGGGUUCACUGUAUUGCCUAUAUUCCUCUUAAUCUCACCUUUAUCUCCAAUUCACUUCAAAUCCAACCCACGACCUUUGUCACGCGAUCAUGAAAAUCAGUAAAAAGAUCGAGCAGGCUGCUAAAGACGACAAAGUAUGGUGGUCUUUCGAGUAUUUCCCACCACGGACCGCGCAGGGCUUGCAAAACCUGCUGGAUCGUAUUGAACGCAUGCGGGCGCUUGGCCCAGAGUUCAUUGACAUCACAUGGAACGCUGGCGGACGGACCUCAGACCUCACUUCCGAGCUGGUGAAGACAUGUCAGAGUCUCAUUGGCAUUGAGACCUGUAUGCAUUUGACAUGCACGAACAUGCCUAAGGAGAAGGUGGAUAUUGCGUUACGGGAGGCGAAGCAGCACGGCUGUGAAAACGUCCUCGCACUCCGAGGUGACCCUCCCACGGGAAAAGACGAGUGGGAGGCUGUCGAAGGUGGCUUCGCUCACGCCAUUGACCUCGUUCGGCACAUCCGACAAGUGUACGGAGAUCACUUUGAUAUUGCCGUCGCCGGUUUUCCCCAGACCCAAAUCCUUCCUGCCGAGGAGCGUGCUCUUGAGAUGAAAUAUCUGAAAGAAAAGGUGGACGCCGGAGUCAGCUUCAUUUUCACACAGAUGUUCUACGACGUCGACAUCUUCAUUGAGUGGGUCAAGUCCGUCAGAGAGGCCGGAAUCACUAUACCCAUCGUGCCAGGGAUCAUGCCGAUCCAGACAUGGAACGGUUUCCAACGGGCGACCAGCCUUGCGAAGACCAAGAUUCCCCAAUCGUUCUUAGAUGCGCUGGAACCGUACAAGAACGACGACGAGAAGGUCAGAGAGAUCGGGACCAAGCUCGUUGCAGACCUUUGCCGGCGCAUAUUGAAGGAGCCCAUCGGCAUUCGAGGCCUCCAUUUUUAUACCAUGAAUCUCGAGAGAGGUACAAAGAUGUUGCUUGAGGAGCUCAACUUCGUCCCGAGAGUGGAGACUAUCAAACCCCUGCCGUGGAGACAGUCACUGACGCCCACACGGCGUCAAGAGACUAUUCGUCCCAUAUUCUGGGCGAACAGGACGAAAUCUUAUCUUUCCCGCACAGAGAAUUGGGACGAGUAUCCCAACGGUCGCUUUGGUGACUCCCGUAGUCCUGCCUACGGCGAGCUCGAUGGCUACGGCGUAUGGAUCAAGCAGACGAAAGAAGACGCACUCGCGCUUUGGGGUCGCCCGGCGACUUUCACAGAUAUCGCCCAUCUAUUCGAAUUGUUCUGCAAGAAAGAGCUGAGCGCUCUUCCGUGGUCCGACCAGGCCGUGUCGACCGAGACUUCCGUCAUUGCUGAGCAACUGGCCAAGAUCAACGGGCACGGGUUCCUGACUAUCAACUCUCAACCCGCUGUGAACGGCGCGAGAAGCGACGACAAAGUCUUUGGUUGGGGUCCCAGCAAUGGCUACGUCUAUCAAAAGGCAUACCUCGAAUUUUUUGUCUCCCCAGAGCUGUUGGCAGUCCUGCUUCCCCACAUCGAACGAGAUCAUAGUAUCACCUAUUAUGUCAUCAACAAACGUGGUGAUCUGAACACCAACACGACAUCUGAGGGGCCUAAUGCCGUGACUUGGGGGGUCUUUCCUGGUAAAGAAAUCGUCCAACCCACAAUCGUAGAAGCCAUCAGCUUCAUGGCAUGGAAGGACGAGGCAUACGAGCUAGGUCAACAAUGGGCUAAGCUCUAUGAAACCGAUUCAGCAUCCCGCAACCUCAUCACCAACCUUAUGGACAAACUCUUACUUGUAAACGUCGUUCACAACGACUUCACCAAACCCGAAGCCAUCUUCGAACCAUUCCUCAAAGCUGGCGCUGAGUUCGCUGCUGCCUCUGCUGCCACUAGCGCCGCGCAACCCGAAGGGCUUCCGAACUGACCGUCUUACUGUCCUUACCUUUUACUAGUUAUCAUUUCACUCGCUGAGCUCCCCGUUGUAUCAUCUCACUGCUGAUUUCUUUGCUUCCUGUUGUCUGAUUAAUCGCAUCACCGGGUUCAACCCCCGUUGUUCAUUGUAUUAGGAGUUUUCUCUUCGUCUCACCCGCAUUUACGUGUCUUGCCCUUCUUUACACCAUCUAGCAUCAUAUCCACACGCAUAUCUGCAUCAACUGCACUCCAUUCUACCCAUCUCAUUAUGCAUCAUCACCCUUGCAUCAACUGCUUGCAUAUACGAGUACAUUCUUCUCAAUCAGUCGUGCGCUCAUCCGCGCUCUAAUUACAACAAACUUGUUACUGC